AUGCAGGACGAAGGAAGGGCGUCCACUCGCCUCGAGGCUCAGGCGCUCAACGUCAACUCUGGCAAGGGAAAGGCUGGCAAGUCCUCUUCCGGCAAGGCCGGUGGUGAAUCCUCCAAGUCUCAGUCGCGUUCGGCGAAGGCCGGUCUUCAGUUCCCCGUCGGUCGUGUCCACCGUCUGUUGAAGAAGGGGAACUACGCCCAGCGUGUGGGUGCUGGUGCUCCUGUCUAUCUCGCUGCUGUCUUGGAGUACCUCGCCGCCGAGAUUCUCGAGCUGGCGGGUAACGCGGCACGUGACAACAAGAAGCAGCGUAUCGUUCCCCGUCACUUGCAGCUCGCCAUCCGGAACGAUGAGGAGUUGAACAAGCUUCUCGGCGAUGUUGUCAUCUCUCAGGGUGGCGUUGUGCCCUUCAUCAACCCCGAGCUGCUCCCCUCAAAAUCCAACAAGGGCAAGAAGGAGGGUGCCUCGCAGGAGGUGUGA